AUUUUUGAGCGUUGUCUGCCUUAUUAUUUCACUUUUAAUAUACAACUAAUGUUUUUUUUCUAGUACAUAUUUAAGGACAUAUUGUAAACAUGUGAACUUGCACGUGCUUAUAACUCAAAAACGUUAAGUUAUCUGUAUUAUAUAAGAAUUGUAACUACUACAAUGUUAACAAUUUAAAUACACUUCAGUAUGUUACUGAAGUGAUUGAAUACUUAUCAUAAAUGAUAAUGUUGUGUACUGUUAAAUAUUUGUUCUGAAUGAUUAAUAGCAAGAAACAGAUAAAAUAGACAAUUACAAGCAUUUUCCUUUAGUACUAUUGUAUUAAUAUUCAUGGACUAAUAUUGAAAUGUAAAAUUCAGAUAAGUAAUCUAAUAAUGUGAAUUAUAGCAUUAUAAUUUAUCAGUGGGUUAUGUAAUAUUUAUAAUUUUAUGUACUAUUACAUGUUAAUUUAAAUAAAUCUAAAAAUCAAAUAUAUUAAAUUUCAUGUUUAUACUAGUGAGUGUUCAUAAUAGUUUCUUAAUAACUCGUUCAAGUUGCAAACGUAUUUAAUUAUUUUAUUUAUGAAAUAAAGUUUUAAGUAUAAUGUUUAAAGAACCUAUCAUUGUAAUUCACGGUGGAGCUGGAAAUAUUCCUGAUAACCGAGAUCAACCUAAAUUUGAUGGCAUGUUAACUGCAAUAAGAAAAGCACAUUCUGUCUACACAGAUACAUUAUCAAUUAUUGAUACAUGUCAAGCAGCUGUAGAAAGUAUGGAAGAUAACGAAGCAUUUAAUGCAGGUCGAGGAUCUGUGUUAAAUCUAAAAGGAGAGAUAGAAAUGGAAGCAUUAAUAAUGGAAGGCAAAAAUAUGAAUGCUGGUAGUGUCACUGGUGUUAGAAACAUAGCACAUCCAAUUGCAUUAGCAAGAAAAGUUAUGGAUAAUACACCACACGUUUUUCUUAUGGGUCAAAGCGCAAAUGAGUUUGCUACUAAAAUGAAAUUUGAAACGGUCAGUGAUGAUUACUUAAUGACAGAUGCAGCUAAAAUAGCAUUAGAAAAUUUUUUAAAAAUGGGUGGUUCACCUGUCACUACUGAAAUUGGACAUGGAGGAGUUGGUACAGUUGGUGCCAUUGGUAUGAACGUUGAUGGACACAUGAUAUCUUGUACAUCAACUGGAGGUAUAACUGGAAAAAUGGCUGGAAGAGUUGGUGAUACUCCUGUUCCUGGAGCUGGAGGUUACUGUGACAAUGCAGUUGGUACUGUCUCAACAACUGGUCACGGUGACAGUAUAAUGCGUUAUUGUUUGGCUCAACGUAUCAUGACUAAUUUAGAACAAGGUGUUGAACCAAAUUUAGCUGUUCAAAACGAGUGUGAAAAAUUAUCUACACGUAUAGGUGGUAGUGCAGGUGCUAUAGCUAUAUCAAAAGAAGGUACUAUUGGGAUUGGUUUUUCAUCUGAAAAGAUGGCUUGGGCAUACUUAGAAAAAGGAAUGAUUCAUUAUGGUAUUAAAAAAGGACAACAUUUUACAAUUGGAUUAUAAAGUGUUUCCAAAUUUAUUUAUUUUAAGUUUAAUUUAAAUACAUUAUGAUAUAAUAAAUAGAUCAAUUUCAAAAAUUAAAACAAAUUUUAUAUUAUUAUGUUCUUAAUUAAAAAUUGUAUUAAAAUCCCUGGUUUUUGCAUUCA